AACACGUUAGCAGUUUAAAAGAGGAAAUGUACAAAAAAAUAUCAUUAACUAACAAAGAAGUCAUGUUUGUUCUUUAAAAAAAGAUAGGGAGGACUUUACAAUGUUAUACCCAGUGGAACACAAGACUGUGUUUGUACUAGACAGAGGUCCUCAGUUUGCACGAUCCUGUAAACAGAGUAUAGAGUAUGAUGUUAUGUCCAAAACAAAGACGCCGGGAAUCAUACCGGCAGCUCCUAUCAUGAAGUCCAUGUGGACAUGUAAUGUGGAAACCAUGAUCGAGUACAUGAGGAUUGUGUUUGACAUUUUCUCGUCAAAACGAUUGAUUCGAGUGGUUGUAGGGGACGAAACUCUGAAUGGCUGGCAGCAGAAAGAUCAAAACAUACAACAGGUGAUGUUGUCACUUGGGCAAGUUGGACCCCCGAGUUCAAAAUCAAAAGAGGAAGAGAAUGUUAUUCGAGGUCUCACAGAGGCAGUACAAGCGUUGUGUGACCCCACCGAACAACAGCAAGAAAUUGACCGAGAUGUCAUACAGAAUAAGGGGAGGAUCAUAUGUCUCACCUCAGCCAAGAGUGAGAGCCAAAUGAGAGCCUUUGAGGAGUGUGUCAGUGAUGCCAUAAUACAACACAACCAGCUAGCUGAGGACUCUGUAAGUUUACUUCCUAUCAGCCAUUGUGAACUGGUUCUCGUACAUGUGACACCUGUCGGAGAUGAGACCAAGAUUACAGAGAGACAGAACAGAGAGAUAUCUUCUCUAUUGUUUGGAGAAGUCCAUGUGACACAGUCGGCUAAGUUCCUGUACAAUAAACUUAUCCAGCUAGUCCAGUUCCACUACGGUCUGUCAUCCACUACAGUUACUGGCAUUCCGAUGAAGGAAGAACAGAAUGCCAGCUCCUCAGCGAAUUAUGACGUAGAAUUAUUGCACCCUUCACAAGCUCACGAUGACAUUAUGAAGUCAGCUCACAGUGAUGGCUUAGUGAUUCCAUCCAAGGAGGGACUCCCUACAGAAACUGUCACCUUAAAAUGGUGUACCCCAAAAUCCAAUGUAGUAGAGCUUCAGUACUGUACGUGUGCAGCAAGAAUCACCCCUGUGGAUGUCAACAGUCGGCCGUCCUCCUGUCUCACCAAUUUCCUCCUUAGUGGUCGAGCUGUCAUGUUGGAGCAGCCACGCAAGUCUGGCACCAAGGUGAUCUCUCACAUGCUGGCCAGUCAUGGGGGCGAAAUCUUCAUCCACUCCAUCAACACCGCCCGGUCACUAUUGGAGGACCCACCCUCAAUCAGUGAGGGGUGUGGGGGGAGAGUCACAGAUUACAGAAUUAAUGAUUUUAAGGAAUUUAUGAAGGAGAAUCGUCUGGCUCCAGCAUUACCAGAUAUGACAUCAACAGGUGUCAGUCAUAUGAACCGAGCUAAGGUCCACCUGGAGAGGAUGAGUCGAUUUUGGCCAUUGGUCAUAGGGGAGACAAUCAUCUUCAACAUGGCAUCUCACAUUGACCCCCUGCCCACAAUCAUUGUCAAGGAGAAGCUUGAUGAUGAGGAUGUGUUGGAAUGUCAGAAGGCAAUCUACCAUGUAGUGGGGAUGGAGUCCCGUAAUGAACCUCUACCAACAUCAAGUGCAGGGCCACGGGGCAAGGGACCGAAAAGAGAUGAACAAUACAAACAAAUGUGGUCGGAGUUGGAGAGUUUGAUCCGAGCCCACGCUGACACCUCUCCUCAACACCAGAGGGUACUGGAGUGUCUGAUGAAGUGUAAAAAGCCCAGCGAUGAUGUAAAAUCCUCUCCCAAAAAGACCAAGGAAGAGAAAAUGGAGGUGGAUCCCACUGCAGAACAGUCCUAUGCCUGGAAGGAACUGGAUAGAUUCCAAAAGAUGACAGAAAGAGAGAAACUAGAGAUGAACAAAGCGGAGGGCGGGGCAUCUUCUGUCAAGAAGGCCAGACUGAGUAUGGAGGAAACCCAGUUUAAAACAAAAGCAGGUGCCUGUAAUCUCCUGUCUCUGUGGACAGAUCGAAUUAAGUCUGUACACUCUAAAAGACACGCAGAGUUCUCAGGUCGCGCUCAGAGUGAUGGGAACCAGGCAGAGCUAUACCAGAAUCUUACCAAACAACUCCAGGAGAAUGCUGGGCUGGAUGCAUCUGCUCCAGUUCAGAAAGGAUUGGGGAUGCAGAAAAAGAUGUAGAUGGCAAAAGGUGUAGAAUUAAUGAAGCAAACAUAGAGCGUUCUAAGGAGAAAGUGUUGAAAUUGCUGUGAAGACUACAUUCCCUGCAUUGUGUUUAGCUGCAAAAGAACUCAAAGAAUGAAGAUUGAAUGUGCUGUUUUUUGGUGUCAUAUUUUGUAAUUUUUUUCCAUGCAAGUUAACUUGGUUAAAAAAAAAAUACAUGUACCCAGCAUUGAAUGCAUGUAAAUGAGAAGAAAAUGUGAGCCAUAUGAAAGAACAAUUCAGCUUGUACCAUUUCUGUAUGGUAUAGAUCUUUAAAGAAACUUAAAUACAAAACAUUGUUAUGUAGGUACAAUGUAGUUGUUAGAAUGUAUCAUAAUGUUUGAACCAAAAGUGAUUUGAUGUACCAUAAAUGUAUAUUCUGAGAUUUCAUAUUGAAAAGGGAUUAAGAGAUCAAUAAAAUCACUUAGAUUGAAUAUAUACUGAAAAUUUUCAAUAUUUUUCAAUAUAUUUCAAUAUUUUGGGGGUAAGUUCGAUGUAAAACACUUGUACCCAGUUUUUACAACUCACUAAAUGAGAUGUUUUAUCCUUUAUAAACAAUUUAAAAACUGCAGUAAUUUAUCAUGUACUACAAUUAUACAAAAUUUUUAUAAGUGUUAUAUUUUUUCACCAAAAAUAUUAAGAAACAUUUACUGGUAGAUGCAUUCAAUCAAGAAAACAAUUCUUAAUACUCUAAUCUGAAAAUCAGCACUUCAUCAGUUUGGUCAGGAAUCGUAUAUAUCAGAGAGAUAAAUUUUUUUUAUGAAAGCCAUAAUUGAUAAGAGCAAAAGGUCACAAGACUAGAGUGAUUAAUGUAACCGAGUAAGUCUAAUGAGCAAAAAUACAGCCUUGAAAAAUAUGUUUAUCUACAUCCUGUAAUGUAGAAUUACUGAAUUCUAGACCUGCAUGAUAAGUAAAGGCCCUUAAGCUUGUGUGUUCCAAUAUUCGAUCUAUAUAAAAAAUUAAUCGGAUAUUUGUUUCAUUCAUUCCAAGGAGAUUUUAACAUCGUUUAAAAUAUUUGUUUAUUGAUUUAAAAUCUAUGCAUGAGAACAAAUUUUGUGUUUAUAUCAAUGCUAAAACAUAGUGUAUGGUAUUUUAUGCCAUUUAUUUUUAUUAAUGAAGCAUGUAAAUAUAAACAAUAUGAUGAAGUUGAUUUGAUUCUUGACUACAGAUUCAAAUGUAGAGCAAGUAUGGCAAAACAUUUACAGAAGCAAAAUUCAAAUUGCAAAAAAUUAAGAUUUUGUAUCGGUUAAAAGUGUUGGUAGUAGACACCUAUUGUUACAUGUAUAUACUAGCAUAUCAUUGCUUAAUUAAUAAACGAACUCUAAUGUAGGUCAGAUGUCCUCAAACUAUUUCCUUUAUCAAACAAGCCUCAAAGUAAUACACGUUCAGAAUUGAUGUAUUUGUACACAUAAGAAUAUUCUGUACAUUUCAUCAUUUUUUGUUAAACACUUUGCCUUGUUUUCGUGGUUGAGUCAGACCCAAAAUUUAUGUGAUCAACGAACUACAAAUAUUAUUAAUGUUAGAAUAGGACGACAUAUAUGUCCACCAAAUAAAUUAUCAACAAAAUUGUA